AUGGCCGAACAAGUUGCUGGCCUGCCUGUUGCCGCCGAGGAUGUUGCCACGGCUGCGGCGGCCUCCCUCGCGGCCGGUGAUGCUUCGACGCCGGCUGAGACGCCGGCGGUCGAAGUGCCUGCCCACCGGUCCCACGACCCGAGCAACAACCAGAAGCGGACGGACCCGUUCAUGUUCGGACAGCGCUUCCUGACGCAAGAAGACGACGUGUUCGAGUACAACGCCUGGGACCAUGUCGAGACCGACGAUGCAUUCAAGGAAUAUUCGGAGAAACAGUAUGAGUUGCAACGGAGCUCGCCCGUGUCGGACUUUGACAAAUCUCGCUUCAAUGGCGACCCGGCCAAGUGGUGGAAUCUGUUCUACAAGAACAACACGGCCAACUUUUUCAAGGACCGGAAAUGGCUCCAGCAAGAGUUUCCCAUCCUCAACGAGGUGUGUGAGCCCGACGCGGGACCCAAGACCAUCCUGGAGAUUGGUGCGGGUGCGGGCAACACGGCGUUUCCUAUCCUCUCUCGCAACCGCAACCCGCACCUGCGCAUCCACGCCUGCGACUUUAGCAGGACGGCCGUCGACGUCAUGCGCAAGGACGAGGCAUACGACACAAAACACAUGCAGGCCGACGUCUGGGAUGUAGCCGGCACGGGCGACCAGGCUGCACCGCCCGGACUGGGCCCUGCAUCGGUCGACGUUGCCAUUCUGGUGUUUAUCUUUUCGGCGCUGUCGCCCACCCAGUGGAAGCAGGCCGUGGACAAUGUGGCGCGUCUCGUCAAGCCCGGUGGUAUAGUCUGCUUCCGCGACUACGGCCGCGGCGACCUGGCCCAAGUGCGGUUCCGCAAGGGCCGGUACCUGGAGGAGAACUUUUAUAUUCGCGGCGACGGCACGCGCGUGUACUUUUUCGAUAAGGACGAACUGGUCAAGAUCUGGACGGGCGUGGCCGAACCCGAGGCGUCUGCGGAGGCAACCGAGGGUGAGACGCCGGCGGCGGAAGACGGGGACGCGGCGGACACGGCGGACACGGCGGAUACGGCGGCCCUCUACUCGGAGGAGGACGCACCGUUCACACUCGAGAACAUGGGCAUAGACCGGCGACUGAUUGUCAACCGGGCCAUGAAAUUGAAAAUGUACCGAUGCUGGCUACAAGGUCGAUUCCGGAGGAAGUGA